GUGAGCCCUCCUUGGUCGACGCGCUCCAAUGGGACCAACAGCGCGCGAGCUACGUCCAGCGGAUGCUCUCCGUGUCUGUCAAUGCCUCCAUGCCACCUAAGCUCCCGCCAAAGUCGCCAACAGAUAAAAGCAAGUUGAAGGUGGCCAGCACUGACCCCGUAUCAGAAUUUCACCCUGGCACUCCGAAGAAGAAGAAGAACAAGUCGUCGCAGCUCAGCAUUGAUCCAGCAGCGACUGACGACGGCGGCAGCGCCGGUGAACAGACGAUGGUGCUUGACACGGCUAGCGUCUUCCCGUGGCUGCAGUGUGCUCCCUGUCCGGUGCCUCCGUGCCACCCUCAGGCGGACACCCUGUACGACCCCGCCCUAUCAUCCACCUCCGGCACCUUCUCCUGCAACUCCUCCGCCUGCAGGCAGCUCGGACCCUUCGCUAAUGGCUGCGCCAAUAACCAGUGCCAGUACCGCGUCCGGUACCCUGACGGGUCUACCACCAUGGGAACCUACGUCUCCGACGUGAUGACGCUAACCCCCACACGGGUGAUCAGCAAGUUCCAGUUCGGGUGCAGCCACUUCGCGCAGGGCCGCUCCAUCAACACCCUGACCGUCGGGACCAUGGGGCUCGGCAGCGGUUCCGAGUCGCUGGUGUCCCAGGGGAAAGGCUCCUACGGGAACGCCUUCUCCUACUGCAUCCCUCCAACGGCAAGCACCACCGGCUUCUUCCUUCUGGGCGUGCCCCCUGCAUCCUCAUCCAGGUACGUGGUGACUCCCAUGGUCAAGGGCAAGCUCAACCCGGCGCUCUACGUCGUGCGCCUCCAGGCCAUCACCGUCGCCGGGCAGCAGCUCAGCGUGCCGCCCACAAUCUUCGCCGCCGGCUCGGUCAUGGACUCCCGCGCGCCCAUCACGCGCCUCCCACCCACUGCCUACCAGGCGCUGCGCUCCGCCUUCAGGAGCAGGAUGACCAUGUACCGCGCGGCGCCUCCCAAGGAGCACCUCGACACCUGCUACGACUUCACGGGAGUCAGCAGCAUCAGGCUGCCAAAGAUCGCGCUCGUGUUCGACCGGAACGCCGCCGUGGAGCUGGAUCCGUCCGGGAUCCUCUUCGACGGCUGCCUGGCCUUCACCUCCACCAGUGACGACCGCGACACCGGGAUCAUCGGCAACGUCCAGCAGCGUACAAUCGAGGUGGUUUAUGACGUCGGUGGCGGAGCCAUGGCAUUCCGCCGUGCCGCGUGCUAGCCAUCCAGCUGCCCGAUGUCAAUACAGACCGACCAUCAUUUUUAAUUGGCC